GUAGUUUCACGCAUGCGCUUCGGGACCUGGUCCAGCAGCAGCGCUCUCUUGAUUUCCGUUUUCCGGAGCUGCGCGAUCGGGCCGCUAGCCGCUUGCGUGAACGUGGCCGUCGUUUCUUUUCCUACUCGUCAAAAUGGGUAUCGACAUUAACCACAAACACGACCGAAAAGUGCGGCGAACGGAGCCCAAGUCGCAGGAUGUGUACCUACGACUUCUGGUGAAGUUGUACAGAUUCUUGGCAAGGAGGACCAACUCUAAAUUCAACAAAAUCAUCCUUAAGAGGUUGUUUAUGAGCAGAAUCCACCGCCCACCAAUUUCCCUGGCCCGUGUGACCAGGUUCAUGAAGAAGCCAGGCCGUGAAAACUGCAUUGCCGUCAUUGUUGGCACAGUUACUGAUGAUGCCAGAAUCUUUGAGGUUCCCAAACUGACUGUUUGCGCUCUCCGCGUCACCGAGAAGGCGCGUGGCCGCAUCCUGAAAGCCGGCGGAGAGAUCAUUACCUUCGACCAGCUGGCCCUGAAAUCGCCCACUGGCCGCAAGACCGUGCUCAUCCAAGGACCACGCAAGGGCCGUGAAGCCGUCAAACACUUCGGACCAGCUCCGGGUGUACCGCACUCUCACACCAAGCCGCUCGUACGUUCCAAGGGACGUAAGUUCGAGAGGGCACGAGGUCGCAGGCGCAGCUGCGGUUACAAGAAGUAAACCGUUUUUACCAUAAAGAGCGCGUUGUAAGUGAGAGUUGUGGAAAAUAAAAUUCGGUAUUUACAUAAGCUA